AAGAAACAAGAGCACACAAACAAUACCUCUCUAGCUCGCCACCAACAAUGGCCUCUAGGUUCUCCAUCAUGCUCGCCACAACGGCACUGGCUACGUUUUUUGUGAUUGGUUCGUGCACCACCCCGCUCACCUUCAAGGUCGGCAAAGGCUCCAAGCCUGGCCACCUGGUCCUCACCCCCAACAUUGCCACCAUCUCCGAAGUGGAGAUCAAGGAGCACGGUGGCGAUGACUUCUCCUUUGAGCUCAAGGAGGGCCCGGCCGGCACCUGGACGCUUGACACAAAGGCCCCACUCAAGUACCCCCUCUGCAUCCGCUUUGCCAUCAAGUCUGGCGGCUACCGCAUCGCCGAUGAUGUCAUCCCUGAAAAUUUUAAGGCCGACACCACCUACAAGACCACCCUCAGCAUCUGAUCAUCCUCUUAUGAGGAAUAAUAUUUUGAAAGAGCUCAUCUGAUCCAUGUGCCAGCGAGCUAAUAUUUAAUUUUUGUUCUAUGGUUAUUUUAUGGCACCACACCACCCAAGAAAUAAGUUAUGUUACAUGUCCCUUCGUGCACCUUGUUGUGUUGGGUUAAUACGGUUAUAUAAAUUGAAAUACAAUAUGUAUUUAAUAUUUUUAGAGAGAAAUAUGUUGAUUUGGUCCAUUGUUGGUCACUUGUUUUUUAUUCCUUCAGAAGAUCAAAAACAAGGCAACACAAUUAGAUUAACCUUCAUGAUCAUCCUUUACUCUAUCUAUCUUGGAAGAACGAUAGAUUAAAUGAUGUAGAUAUUAAGCGUCAACAAAGAACGGAUGAAGAGCAUCAAAGUUAUAUGUUAUGUAAUAUAAAGAUGUGAUACAUAAUUCAACCUUGUUGAAUGUUACCCCUUUCCUUCUUUUAUUAUUCAACAAAGGAUUACAAGGAUACCUUCGGCUCUUUGGAGUUAUAAUGCGAAGGUAAAAGAGAAAUACAGCUUCUUAGGCGGAUCAAGACAAUCUUUCCUGGCUAAAAGAGUGUGUCUAAUGCAUAGCACUGUUCCUCUAUUUAUAUGUGUGAGAUACAACUUUGUCAAAAUUACAAUUAUGCCCUUGAGCCUAUACAUUUGUACUAGCGAGCAAACUAAGGGUAAUGUUAUCUUCUGCUCUUGUAUCCUUGCUG